CGGCUCAGCGGAUUCGCUCCCCAGGCUCCUGGUCACCCGAGAAGCCGCCAAGGGAAGCCCGGGAGCCGCUCUCCGGCCGCGCCGAGUUUCUUGUUCUCCCCGCGCCUCCUAGAAGGACCUUCCGGGAGCUCGGCUGGGGCCGGGGUCGCCGCGGACGGAGGGGGAGGGGACGCGGGCGGCCGGGCCGCGGGAAGGCGGGCAGCUCACGGACGCCGAGCCAGGAAGCGGCGCGAUGCGAGAGCCGGCGGCGACGCGGCGCUGAGCCCGAGAGGAAGGACCAGCCGCUGCCGCAGCGCGAGCAGCCGGCUCGGACGCCGCCGGUUGCACCACGUAUCUGCAGACGCCGAGCAAAAUGCACCCGCGGUACCGCGCGGUCCUGCAACCCUGCCGCGGGCCCGCGGCCCGCAGCCCCCCGGGGCGGCAGUGAGAGCCUCUCGCCACCGCUGGGGGCCGAGCAGAGUGCUAUCGGGUGGAGGAGCGGGACAAGAUCUCGGCGGCUAAACAUUUCCAGGAAGCCACCGCACGCGGAGCAAGAGCCCACCUUCUGCCACCCGCGGGGCAUCAGCCAACGGCGCGCAUGGAUUUAUGAAGACACUCAUGCAAGAAGUGGGCAGGACUUGGGCAAACUUUUCCACCGGCUCCGCGUCCACUGCUCCCAGCGCCUCGUCUCCUUUCCCCUCCUCGCCCGGAGGCCGCCGCUGCCCGCGAUGGUGGCCACGCUGUUGGGCGGCGGCGGCGGGGCCCGCGGGGGAACCGUGCCGGGCGCCUGGCUGUGCCUGAUGGCGCUACUGCAGCUGCUGGGCUCGGCGCCGCGGGGCUCGGGACUGGCGCACGGCCGCCGCCUCAUCUGCUGGCAGGCGCUGCUGCAGUGCCAGGGGGAGCCGGAGUGCAGCUACGCCUACAACCAGUACGCCGAGGCGUGCGCGCCGGUGUUGGCUCAGCGCAGCGGGGGCGACGCGCCGGGGGCCGCUGCGGCCGCCUUCCCGGCCUCGGCCGCCUCCUUCUCGUCUCGCUGGCGCUGCCCGAGCCACUGCAUCUCGGCCCUCAUUCAGCUCAACCACACGCGCCGCGGGCCCGCGCUGGAGGACUGUGAUUGCGCGCAGGACGAGAACUGCAAGUCCACCAAGCGCGCCAUUGAGCCGUGCCUGCCCCGGACGAGCAGCGGCGGCGCGGGCGGCCCGGGCGCGGGCGGGGUCAUGGGCUGCACCGAGGCCCGGCGGCGCUGCGACCGCGACAGCCGCUGUAACCUGGCGCUCAACCGCUACCUAACCUACUGCGGUAAGCUCUUCAACGGGCUGCGCUGCACGGAGGAGUGCCGCACCGUCAUCGAGGACAUGCUGGCCGUGCCCAAGGCGGCACUACUCAAUGACUGCGUGUGCGAUGGCCUGGAGCGGCCCAUCUGUGAGUCGGUCAAGGAGAACAUGGCCCGCCUGUGCUUCGGCUCAGAGCUGGGCAAUGGCCCCGGCAGCAGCGGCUCUGACGGGGGCCUGGACGAUUACUACGACGAGGACUACGACGACGAGCAGCGCCCGGGGGGUACUGGAGGCGAGCAACCACUGGACGACGACGACGGGGUCCCGCACCCGCCGCGCCCGGGCGGAGGCGCUGCUGCUGCUGGCGGCCGCGGGGACCUGCCGUACGGACCCGGGCGCAGAAGCGGCAGCGGCGGUGACCGCUCGGCGCCCCGAGGCGCCUGGACGCCGCUCGCCUCCAUCUUGCUGCUGCUGCUCGGGCGGUUCUUUUAGGCCUCGCGCCCCAGCAACUGGCUGCUGGAGGGCCCGCGCCCCGCUCCGGCGCUAGCUCUCCGGCUCGCCCCCGCUCCGGGGCACCGGUGGCUCCGGGACAGAAAGAAGAUGGUCGAGAAUACUUCCCCAAACUUUUUCCAAAUCGAUUCGGCCUUGCCAUUCUUCCCACCACUACUUUUGGCAUUUCACCCGUCCACUUUCCGGAGCAUGAUUUCUUGAACCUCCCCUCUCGCAUUCCAUUUAGGCUUCGGAAACAACCAGGUGGUCUUCCCUGCAGAAACCUAUCUGUUGAGGUCAGGAUACCCUGAAGGGAACGGGCGUGGGAGGAGAAAACUGGAGUCCUGUACUUGGAAGAGAGGGUGCUGACCCCGUGGAGGGCUUAACAAAGUUCCAGGGACCUGGAGGUGGUAAGGGAGGGCGGGUGGGAUUGAGGAAGGAAUUAUAUUUCCAAAGGGGCUAUUAGUGUUUUCCCGGUAAGGGGAAAAACCAGUGCCAGUAUCGACUGUUACUGCUUGUGGCCAGUGUGGACAUAGCAAUCGUAAGUAAAUAAUAGAAAAGUCCCACCUACCGAUUUAUUCGUUUACUAUUGGCAUCAGCACCCAGAAUUCUCAGUGACAUUGGGUUGGGAGGAGGGUGAUUGCCUUAGGGGAAACCCUUAAAUUAGUGUUAGAUAACUUUGAGCCCUUGACCUUAAUCUCAUUGCUACCACUCUGAUCUGUUAGCACAUUUCUUAGAAUUAAGCGUCCAAAAAUUCUGAUGUAUGGUAUUAAAGAAUGCAACUUUUUAUUUUAAAAAGCUCUGCACUGCCAUCUAUGAAGCCUCUUUAUGACGUUGGUUUUGUCGUCAUUUUUGUACUUUACAUCAAGAAAUUAAUUGUAUGUUCAAAUAUACAGAGACUAUAUAUUGCCUCUGCUCCUAUCAGGGCAUUAAACCCUGGUACAUCGUAUAUAAAGUGUAUUAAAACUGGGUUUGUUACCAGUUGCUGUAUUUUGUAUAUAGAAUUUUUAUAAAUUGUAUGCUUCAGAAAUAAUUUAUUUUUUAAAAGAAAUUAAAAGUUUUAAAUCCUCAUCCAUGUUACAUCUUCCCCCCCAGAAAUGUAUAGAAUCCAUUUGUCACUAGGGAUCCAAACCCACAGUCCAUUUUGAAGUAUGCUCUAUUUAGAACAGUCUUAAAAUGUACAGUGUAUUUUAUAGAUUUGAAGUAACAUUCUUAUUUUCAAGAGAAUUUAUGGACAUUGUAGAAAUGUACAAAUGCAUUUCCAAACUGCCUUAAACAUUGUAUUUUUAUAGACAUCAUUUUUUAAAGUCCUAUGUUUUAAUAACUAUGACUUUGUGUAUUUUUUGUUAUUUGUUUUAUUAAAAUGUGUGCAUCAGUAAAGAGUUUAAACAAUGAAAAUGUUGUAGUUACUUUUCAAAGUUACACUGUGGUUAACCCAAUAAUAGGUAUGGAGGUGUUUGGAGUGGGCACUGGGAAUCCAUCAACAAU